AAGAGACAAAUACGGCCAAUUGUGCAUUUGUGCUCGGCUCCUAAACGUCAUAUGCGCGUCCGGAACGCGUAAAUUAGAAUAAUGAAACAUCAUUGAUAAGAAGAGGCUCUCCCUAGGCACGAAUAUGCGCUCUUGAAUUUUAGCAUCCUGUACGAUUUUACCAGUACUUUUUGUUUCCACACGUGAAAAAUGGGAGGGGGAGAUGAGCAUAAUAAGCACGGAGAACAAGACAAGGGGUUGUUUUCUAAUAUAACACAUCAGCUCCAACAACACGGGGGUUAUCCGUCUGGGGCAUAUCCUCCGCACGGUGCAUAUCCUCCACCACCCGGUGCAUAUCCUCCUCAAGGUUAUCCACAAGCAGGUUACCCUCCCAAUGCAUAUCCUCCGCAAGGUUAUCCUCAAGCAGGUUACCCUCCCAAUGCAUAUCCUGCUGGUCCAUCUGCUCCACACUCAACCAGCUCAGGGCAUCAUGGGCCUGGUGUUAUGCCAAUGUUAGCGGGAGGAGUUGCAGCUGCGGGACUUGCAUAUGCAGCUGGUCACAUGUCACACGGAGGUGGUAGUCACUUUCCACAACAACAUGGAGCUGUUCAAUUUGGAGGGCAUGGUGGUUAUGGCGGUGGACAUGGUGGUUAUAGCGGCCAUGGGAAGUUCAAGCACGGGAAGCAUCAGGGCAAGUUCAAGCACGGGAAGCAUCAUGGCAAGUUCAAGCAUGGGAAGGGAGGAAAGCAUGGAGGCAUGUUCAAAAAGUGGAAAUGAUUUAUUUAACUUGCUCCUUCUCUUUGUACACAAUAAAACAACAUAACUACUAUGGGUUUGCGAUUAAAGAUUACUAGUUUGGUGAUUUCUGCACGGUAUAGCAGGUGGUAGAUAGAGAUCUCCUACCCUAACGACUUAUGCACGCGUGCGCGCAAAUAUAUGUACACACUGUCCAUCUAAAUGCGUUUGUAUCUGUAUGUUUGGUUCUCCCUUCAAACAAUGAAUAAGAAUGAUUAAUCGGACUUUCAACUUUUUUAGUCGCACCG